GGGGUAGAUUUAGUGCCGUGCUGGAUGAAACAACCCCCCACUUACUGACCGAGGGGGAAAGUAGCCUAAUGGGAAGAAAAGAGGGGGUGUCGCACUGUUCAUUUAACACUCGAGCAGGAAGCAUUCCGGGAGCCCGCGAUGAGAACAGCGAAGGCUUUAGCUGUCUGCUGUAAAGAUUAAGGCCCUGAACAACAGCGAUAAGAAAAAAAUACAAGUCAACAUCGUGCUAGCGCAAAACCACCAGAAGAAAUAUGUCUCGAACAGAAGAAGUCAACAAGAUGACGGAAAAUGUCUACAAGGGGAUUCUGGACCAGUUCAACCCCAGUCUGAAGAACUUUGUGACCAUGGGGAAGCACUAUGAGAAGGCCCUGACAGGAGUGACCGUGGCUGCUAAAGGGUACUUUGAUGCUCUGGUGAAACUCGGAGAGCUGGCCAGCGACAGCCAAGGCUCCAAAGAACUGGGAGACACGCUGUUUCAGAUGGCCGAGGUCCACAGACAGAUUCAGGUGCAGCUGGAAGACGUGUUGAAGCUCUUUCACUCUGAGCUACUCGCCCAGUUGGAACAGAAACUGGAAUUGGAUAUAAAAUACCUCACAGCCACUCUGAAGAAGUACCAGAGUGAGCGGAGGUCUAAAUCUGAGUCCAUCGAGCGCUGCCAGUCACAGCUGAAGAAACUCCGCAGGAAGAGCCAGGCCAGCCGCCACCCCAACAAAUAUGGAGACCGAGAGAUGCAGUUUGUGGAGCUGAUGAGUCGUCGCCAAGGAGAGCUGGACACGCUGGUUGCCUCGGGUUACAAGUCCGCGCUCACAGAGGAGAGGAGACGGUAUUGCUUCCUAGUGGACAGACAGUGUUGUGUCACCAAGCUGCUCAUCAACUACCACUCAAAGGUGAGAGAGCUUCUGUCCCAGAAACUCUCUUCUUGGCAGCAGUCAUGUUCUCAGCCCACAAAACUCCCAGAGCGCGCUCUGAAUCUGCUGCGUCACACUGCGCCUCAAGGCUCGGGGGCUGCCGGGAUCGCCGAGGUCCUCCGCCACACAAAGAUCGGCUCCGCUCAGCCGGAACAGAGGCUCUCUGUUCAAGAAGUGCCUCCUCUGUUGAAUGGGGACUCCGGUCGCUCCCAGCAGCGCUCGCUCCCCUCCUUCUCGCAGAGCGAAGCCGGUCCUCCUCAGGAUUCCCCCCAGACGCUCUGCUCUCUCUCCACCGGCAGAGCUGCUGGAGGCUCGUCACAAGGAGCGUCUCCCCUGCACAGCAGCACACCCGCUGACGCCUCAGCCAGCUCCCCCCCCGACAGCAGUGCCAGCGGCAGCCCUGCCGCGUCCACCCCCACCAGCUCCGGUGGCUCGGCCCUGCAAAGCUCCCUCCUCCUGGCCACCAACACGUCCAACCUCUCCCCGAGCCUCAUCCCCUCCACGGUGAUGUCGCUCAGCCAGAUGUCCUCGGCCGCCAGCCCCCUGCAGGGCAUGACCCUCCCCAUCGCCCACAGCGCUCCUCACAGCCCGCCGCUGCCCCACAGCGCUCCUCUCUCCAGGGCCAUGACUCCUGUGCAGCUGCUGCACCAACACGGGGGACCAGCAGGAAGCAACACUUUGUCCCCGUCACAUAACCCCUGGCUGCUGAAGACCGCCGACAUGUGUGCGACCGCUACCCUCCCGCUGCCGAGGAGACCCGGCAGUGAAACCCGGCAGGGCGGCUUUCAGGGUUCCAGUCUCCCCAGGACGCUGACUUUAUCCGAUCCUUCCCGCGUGGAGGCCAUGUUCCCUCACACCCCCGGUGCAUUGGAGACGGGCGGCUUAGGGGGCGGGGCUUGCUUACUGCACUUCCUGCCUGGUGACAACAUCACCCUGCUCAUCUCUGAGCCCAGAGACGGGUGGCAUUACGGUCAAAAUGAGCGAACCGGACGGAAAGGCUGGUUCCCUUUCUCCUACACUCAAUCCCACCACAGUAAGAUGGAUCACCUCGAGAGCUCUCUCUUCUUGUCGAAGGCGAACAGCACCAGCACGGGGCAGCUCGACAAGCUGGUGUCUGCAGGUCUGCCGGCCACCAAAUCAGAGGAGGAGCACUCCCUUCCUCCCCAGAGGGUCAGCACCUUCCGCCCCCGCCCGUACAGCAUGGCCGACAGCAACAAGAUCACUGCAGAAUUGGUCUCUCCACAACUGUCUCCAACCAGGGCCAAUCCGUUUGCUCACGUCCGACUCAGAAGAACUGUCACCAACGAUCGCUCGGCUCCCAUCAUCGAGUAAGAUUUGUUCCCACAGCAGCAGAAACAUUGUUCUCUGUGGUUCAUUAGGUCAUAAAACAUCAGGUUGAAUCCUGGAAGCAGUUAAUCGGUUGAUGUUAAUUCUUUGCUUUGGAUUUUCUCUUUGGCAAAUUAAUUAGACACAGAAUUUUCUUGUGCAGGAAUAGAACACCUUUAAAUCAAAGUAUAUCAUGUGUAAAGGUUGACUUGUUAUAAAUGUGACUACAAUCCAUUACAUUUUAGUUAGUGUAUAGGAAGAAACAAAAUCCCUUUGAUAUCUUCAAGUUCUGUUUGAUACACGGACAUGAAAAUCAAAUCUAGGUUUGCUUACUGAAACAGAAAUAGUGUUCAACUGUUCUUAGUUUAGUGGUUAAGAUCGACAUGAUGUAUCCUCCAGAUAACUAACACUUUUCCCGGCCUAUGAAAGAUGCCGCUGCUAGAUUUUAUUUCUCAACAUAACCUGGCUAUAGUUAUUUUUUGUGCCAUUUCAUAAAAGUUUCCUUUGUUGGGCUGAUCCGUGGACUGGCUCCUAAGAGCAGAUUGUGAACUUUUACUUUCACUUUUAUGGAGUUUUAUUAGAAAGAGGACAGGCUCCUACUCAAAAAGUGCUGUUACAAUAUUAUAUUGUUUCUUGGUUUCAGUGAAGAUGAACAUUGACAUUUAUUCAGAGUGAUUUUUCUAUUUUAAAACAUGGUUGUUUGGUUGAGAGAGACUUGAUGUAAUGAAAUUGGGGCAGAGUUUUUUUUACUCUAUGCUAAAUGACUGAACAUGGGAAAAGUCACUACAUAGAUUGUAUGUUUAUACCAGUUUACUCUAUACAAUCUGCUGCAUUAAAAAUAAUGUUUUGUAAUUCAAACGAUUGAUCAAUGUGAAGUGUGUAGAAAUACUUAUUUAAUACAGAGAGAGUCCUACAAAACAUUGAAACAGAAAAACGAAUGAGCUUGAAACUGAAAGUUAAGGUUGAACAUUUGGAAAGUGUUAUUACCGAAAGUAUUUGUUGUUAUUUUUAGAAAGUAUCAUAUUUUGGAAGGUUAGAGUGUUAAGAAUGAGAAACAUGGGUGCUAAGUCUUUCGAUUUGAUGUCUUCUUGAGUCCUGAUUCAGUCCUAAAUCUAAACUAGACAACAUCUAGGCUAGUUCAUUAUAGUUGUACAUUGACCAAUCAGACUGAGCAGAAUCUUCUAGAGGGAUCUGAAAGCCGAGAACGACGAUAGGAUUAAGUUUUAAGGGGGAAAUAUUUCUAUGAAGGUGAUGAAGAAUGUAUACUGGAAGUUGACCAACGUCUGAGCAAGUGCUCCUGGUAAAUCAGACACAUCCAAAGUAAAAUCCUGUAAAUCCUGUCCGCUUUAAAGAGGAAAACUUUGUAUUUGUACAAACUGAAAUGCUUAAUGUUCCUGUUGUAACUACCUUGAGUUUCUGUAAUAUUUUAGUACUUUGGAUAUUCAAGAUCCCCAUAACAGAAAAUGUAUUACUUUAAGUAGUACGGCAUCAUUAUUAAUGGUGACAGUAGAAUGAUAGCGCUAAUGCUUAUUCAUGCUUGUAAAUAGGGCUUAAAACAUGUGUGAUGGUAUGACUUUUAUUUGACUUAUUUUUAUAACUACGUAUAUUUCACUUUGGUGGACAUUGUGACUUUGUAAAAGCUGCAUGCACAGUAAACUUCCAUGCCAAUAUCAUUUUUACAAAUAAACUUUUCUCUCCAACUCUGAACAGGAAAUGACAGAGUUAGUAUGUAAUAAGAUGUUAUUCGCUUGCAUGGGUCCGAAUACGUUUUAAAGUCAGAAUAGUGAUGAAAUAUCAUUGCUUUUUUCACAGUCAGUGGAUGUAGUGUAUUGGUGAGUCAUAAAAUAAGAGUUUGGCCAGAGUUUGGGGCAAAAAACUUUUUCCCGUAGAAUAUUACAAAUUGUUCAGAAAUGUAAAUGUAGUGUAUUUACAACAAUUUAUCUCAAUGCUGUAAUAGGUUGUAAGAAAUACAUUAGUUUAAAAAUGUGCUAAACUACUAAAUAUGCAAUAACCGGAAAUGUUGUAAAUAAGAAUUAUGUGUAGCUGUGCAUUGGCAUCUGCAGAAGGAACCUUUUAUAAAAAUAUCGUACUAAAUACAGGAACUUUUGCAAAGUCCAUAACUCCUCUUCCAAAGUGAAAUAUCACCUUGCAACCCAUUUUACACCAUUCCUAGGUUUAGUCAUUCAGUCUGUUCUCUGAAUUGCAUCAAAAUCAAAUCCUGGAGACUAGAGAUGUGAUGAUGAGUACUGUGGAGAAAGACCAUUUUAAUCCGAAAAAAAAUGAAUUUUGUGAAAUAAAAAGUUCUAUGAAGGAAA